AUGACAAAACCGAAGAACUUCCCACCAGGCCCCAAAUGGUAUCCAAUAUUCGGGUGCAGUACACUUGUUCACAAAAUGACCAAACAGUACGGAUCUCAAUGGAAGGGUCUUUUAAAAUUGGCCGAGGAAUAUUCGACAAAAGUACUUGGCAUAAAAUUGGGAGCAGAACCAAUCGUAGUUGUAUACGGCGAGAAUAAUGUAAGAAGAGCUUUUAUGGAGAAAGAAUUUGAAGGGCGACCGAAUAGUUUCUUUUUGCGGUUGCGCUGCCUUGGGAAAAGGAUGGGUAUUACUUCUGCUGAUGGCGCCUUAUGGAGAGAACACAGGCAGUUUACGGUAAAGCACUUGAAAAAUGUAGGUUUUGGAAAAUCAGGCAUGAUGGCGGAAAUACAAAAGGAACUCGACAGUAUAUUGAAAUAUAUAAGUGAAAAUAAUCAUACAUCGAUUAACUCAAAGAAGAUACUUGCGAUGUCUGUGAUGAAUAUUCUCUGGCAGUUCACUGCAGGUGAGCGAAUAAAAGAAGAGCGUUUAAACUUGCUGUUAGAUUUAUUAAAUACUAGGUCGAAGGCAUUUUCGAUGUCUGGAGGAUGGUUAAGCCAGUGGCCAUGGAUACGAUUCCUUCUACCAGAGGCGAGUGGUUAUAGACUAAUAAAGAAAAUGAAUCAACAAAUAGCUGAUAUCAUUGAUGAAGCUAUAUGUAGGCACAAAAAUAAAUUAGUAAAUGGCAAUGAUUUUAUUUACAUGUUCCUGCAAGAGAUGAGUGAAAAUAAGGAAACUUUCACAGAGGAACAACUAAGAGUAAUAUGUCUUGAUAUUCUCAUAGCUGGUUCACAAACAACUAGUAAUGUCUUAGAAUUUGCUAUAUUGAUGGUAUUACGUAAUAAUAUAAUUCAAGACAAAAUUUAUGAUGAAAUAAUAAGUAUUAUAGGUAAUAGAACACCGAUGUGGACAGACAGUAACAGACUCGUAUAUACGAUGGCAUAUCUUCUUGAAGUCCAACGCUACUUCACGAUCGUCCCAGUGGCAGGUCCAAGAAGACUGCUAGAAGACGUCACCAUGGAUGGAUAUGUGAUACCUAAAGAUACAACAAUACUAAUAUCUCUUGGAGAUAUACAUUUAGAUGAAAAAAUUUGGGAGAAACCAGACCAGUUUAUGCCAGAGAGAUUCAUCGAUGAAACUGGGAACAUCAAGAAUACUGAACACAUAUAUUCGUUCGGACUUGGUCGGAGACGAUGUCCAGGAGACUCUCUAGCUAAAUCAUUCAUAUUCAUCGUCUUCGUUGGAAUUAUACAAAAGUAUAGAAUAGAGUGUAGCAAUGGCGUUUUACCAUCCGAUAUUCCCGAUAUUGGUAUGUUAUCCAGCGCGAAGCCCUUCACUGCAGAAUUUAUAGCAAGAUCG